UUUCGCACGCUUUAUUUGUGGAUUUGUACUUGUGCGCCGUAUUUAGUUUUACAUCAAGGACACGAACAGCAGUAACGGUACAUACCUAAACAAUGCACGCCUGUCGAAUGCGUCUGAAGAAAGUCAAGCUACGCAAAUCUUUUCCGGGGACAUCAUUCAGUUCGGCGUGGAUAUUGUCGAGAACUCAACAAAGACCACGCAUGGUUGCAUCAUCGCCAUGGUACAUCUCUAUCAUCCAUACGGCGAGGAGGUGGCAUUUCGUGAGGGAUUCGAUGGAGUGGUGGAACCAGAUACGCCAUCGACGUCUAACUACUGCGAAUCGUUAAACUUCCAGGAACUCUAUCAGCUGCGUCAGUAUAUCACGGAGGCGAAUACUCGCCAGCAAGUUAUCGAAUCAAAGUUGGUGGCCAUGCAGACGCUCGUAUCGAAGACGCAGCAAGCGUCGGAAAACUGCUGGCAGGCACUCAUCGAUGAAGACCGUUUGUUGUCAAAAAUCGAGAUCUUGGAAAGCCAGCUGAGUAUAUACACCAAGGUAAUUGCAAGCGGUUGUUCGGAGCAGCCUGCAAACCUUUCUGAAGACGAGUUGCGGAUGCAGAUAAAGCAAUUGUUUGACGAGAAGGAGAAAUACGAAACUACAGCUAAGGAAUCGCUGCGAAGAGUACUGCAAGAAAAGCUGGAGGCCGUGCAGCGUCUGGCAGACGUCGAACGUUGUCUGGAGAGUACUGAGGAGGAGUGCACGAAGCUGAAGAAGCACUUCGAGUCAACGCAGCGCGAGUUGACAUCUGCUUCACAGCAGCACACCCGUUCACUGCAGCGCAUCGAAGAACUGGAAAAAUGUCUCCAGGUUAUAUAA